ACCUUCAGGGCCCUUCUCUGGAGCGGCUGGUGGAUCGCUCUGCCCGCCUGUCCCCCCACUCGGCUCCGGCAUGGCGCAGGCUGCGCAGAAGCUGGUCAAGGCCGUCACCACCAAAGGCCCUCAGUUCGUCUCCGCUGCUAUCACUUAUUCAAGGCCUCGUCUGGCCACUUUCUGGUACUAUGCCAGGGUUGAGCUGGCUCCUCCAACUCCUGCUGAAUUUCCUAAGGCCAUUGACAGCAUGAAAGCACUGGUGAAGAGCUUCCAGUCUGGUCGCCUUACACAACUCACUGUCAAGGAAGCCCUGAGGAAUGGUUUGGUGGCUACUGAGGUGCUGAUGUGGUUUUACAUUGGUGAAAUCAUAGGCAAACGUGGCCUGGUUGGCUAUGAUGUCUGAAAGCCUUUCUGCUUUUGAGUCCUAGAGGUGUCUUAAUAAUAUUAAAUUAUGGCGCUGAGAUGGAA